AUGGGAUACAAAUUUGAAGAAAACACUGAACCAAACCUUUCAAGAAAUGGGAAAGCUUGCCUUCCUACGCCAUGGCACUUUCUCAGUUUCUUCUUUACUCGGUGUCUUUACGGAUCAGUUGAUGGACACAUUUGCAGUAAAAUAGAUCUUUUGAUUGUCAUGUAUGGGCUUUUCUAUGAUAUCAAUGUUGACUACGCGUAUAUUCUUUGGGAAGACUUCCUUACCUUUUUCCCUGAAUUAAAGAAUAAGUUUUUGAUUCAUCAUCCUCGCUGGUGGUCUAUCAUUAUUCAUGAUGUCAUCAAUAAUAGAAAUCUUACACUAGAGAAGACUCCAAAGGCCCACUACCACUGUACUUGUGAACUACUUUGUCUCCGAAAAAAGAAGAGGAAGCACUCAGAUCAUGCAUCUAAGAAGUCGGCAAAGAAGAAAAAGAGAUUAAACUCAGAUCAACCACCUUCUAUCCCAUCUCCAAUCAUCUCUAAUGAUAAUCUUGGAGUAGAUUUAGAUGAACCCACAUCUCCUCCUAAAUUUGCUCCAGUUUCAUCAGCAAGCUUUCAGUCGAUUCUAUAA